GUCGCGCAAUGAGUCGCAAACGCAGGCUUGAGAUAGAAUGUCCAUCUAUCUCAGAAGUGGUGGAGGCAGAGCCAACAAAAGAGCCUCCCACAACUCUUCGCUUGAAACCAAAAAAACUAAAAUCAAGGAAGUCAUCAGAGUCUGCCUACCACAUUGCUCAAGAACAGAGUCACGGGAAGAUGAUGUUGUCUCGAUUGAUGAAUAUUGAAGAGCGAGCAUCAAAACUAGAGAAGGAGGAGAUUGAGGAGGAAAUACGUUCUAUUGUUGAAAUGAUGCAGAGCCCACAGAAUGGCUUCUUGAGAAGCAAAGCAGCAGCUGUACUUGCCACCGUGUUAGCCAGUGCUCAGUGUUUACCUGCAGUUGUCAGUGAAGGAGUUGAGGAACUGCUCAUGCAGUUGAAAAGAGAUGAUAGUUGGGAUGUGAAGAGUCAAGUUGUUCUUGCUUUGGCCAAAGUGGCACCACAUGUUUCUGAGGUCUGCAACACUACAAAUAAUGUACACAAACAAGAUGAAACUUUGAAUAAUAUAAAUGUAACAACAACAACAACAACAACAACAACAACAACGACAGUAACAACAGCAUAG